AUGGCUGUGUUAAACCCAGUAGAGUGGCUCAGACAGAGCAGAGGUUCUCCUAAACUGGUUUUGGUGGUGGUGUGUGUCGCCCUGUUACUUGACAAUAUGCUGCUCACUGUGGUAGUGCCCAUCAUACCAACCUUCCUGUAUGCCAUUAACCAUCCCCACCCGGAGCCUCCUCUGCCAGGUGUUACCAUAACAACCCAGGGUCCGGCAUACAGUUCAGACCUCCAGACCUCCAGCCUGACCCAGCAGCUCACCAGUAACUCAGCCCGGUGGCUCACACGCCAGCAGUCUGGUCCGUCUGAGGCCAGCACCAUGUUUGACUUCCCGCAGCAGACCAUCACCAACACAAACACCUCGUCAAACGGAACGGGGGCGCCGGCGUCGUGUCUGCAGGACAGCAGCUUCCUGGCAGAGGAGAACGUGGAUGUCGGGUUGCUGUUUGCCUCUAAAAGCUCUGGUCCCAGCUGCUGGUCAACCCCUUCGUCGGCCCCCCUAACUAACAGGAUUGGAUAUCACAUUCCAAUGUUUGCUGGUUUUAUCAUCAUGUUUGUCUCUACUAUAAUGUUUGCCUUCUCUGGAACGUACGGCCUGCUGUUCUUCGCUCGCUCUCUUCAGGGAAUAGGAUCAUCCUUCUCUUCUGUCGCAGGUCUGGGUAUGCUAGCAAGUGUGUACACAGAUGAUGAGGAGAGAGGUGUUGCCAUGGGAAUUGCUCUAGGAGGACUGGCUAUGGGAGUCCUCAUUGGAGCUCCAUUCGGCAGUGUGAUGUACGACUUUGUUGGGAAGAGUGCCCCAUUCCUCAUUCUUGCAUUCCUCGCCAUAUUUGAUGGAGCCCUCCAGCUGUGCAUCCUGCAGCCGUCUAAGAUCUGUCCAGGGAGUGUGGAGGGUACUCCUCUGUUGACCCUGCUGAAAGACCCCUACAUCAUCAUCAGUGCAGGUUCUCUGUGUUUCGCCAAUAUGGGCGUGGCCAUUCUGGAACCCACUCUCCCCAUCUGGAUGAUGCAGACCAUGUGCUCCCCAAGAUGGCAACUUGGUAUGGCCUUCCUGCCUGCCAGUGUCUCCUACCUCAUAGGAACCAACCUGUUUGGUGUAAUGGCUAACAAGAUGGGCCGGUGGCUUUGCUCCAUGCUGGGCAUGUUCAUAGUUGGCAUCAGUCUUCUAUGUGUUCCUUUGGCCACCAGUAUUUAUGGUUUGAUCGGUCCAAAUGGAGGCCUGGGUUUUGCUAUUGGGAUGGUAGACUCCUCCAUGAUGGCCAUAAUGGGUUAUCUGGUGGAUAUUCGUCACGCCUCUGUUUACGGCAGUGUGUAUGCUAUUGCUGAUGUGGCUUUGUGUCUGGGCUUCACUAUAGGUCCAUCCACGGGUGGCGCUCUGGUGCGGGCUGUUGGUUUUCCAAACCUUAUGGUGUUCAUCGGCAUCAUCAACAUCCUGUAUGCUCCCCUCUGCUACUUCCUCCGCAGUCCACCCAUGAGGGAGGAGAAGAUGGCCAUCAUUGACCAGGAGUGUCCUAUGGACAGGAAAUGUUACAACACACAAAAAGAGAGCCGUGAUUUUCCUCUGAGUGACUACAGCGAGGAGGAGGCUGAGGAGUGACGCUCGCGCGCACACACACAGAGUUAACGCUGUCAUGUUAUUUGUGGUCACUUCCUGUUUCUUGAUUUUCUAACUGAAAUAAAAGCAAUAGAAAAUCAAUUUCUCU